AUGUCAAAGUUAGAAAUACAUGAGAGUUCAUUCGUACAUAGUGAUUCUAUUCUGAAGGGGGAGAUCGUGUUCGGUGCUGGGACUGUUGUCCAUCCCUAUGCCCAGAUCGAUGCUGGCCCAGGAAAGAUAAUUUUUGGGACCAAUAACAUCAUCGAAGAAAAUUCCCAGAUUAUCAACAAGUAAGAUUUACAAUUCUAGUAUAUUAUAGUCCCGGUCUUUCUUCUAAUGUCGUUUAUAAAACGAUAUUUGAAUACAACUAAUUUUAGAGAUGAAGGGAAGGUUAUCAUAAUUGGCAACGACAACAUAUUUGAAGUCGGAAGCAAUGUCCAAGCAUCUUCUAUCGGCAACAACAAUGUGUUCGGUAUCAGGUCUCAAGUGGCCCCAAACGUAACGGUACCAGAUGGAUGCGUGUUGGGCCCUAAAUGUCAAGUAAACAAAAACGAGGACCUCCAACCGAAUACAGUAAUCUACGGAGAAGAAAACAAGAGAAGGAUAGCUUCGUCUAAUGUCAACAACGUAAGUCGGUAUUAACUUAUUCCAACCUUAAUUUAGUCUCAGAGGCCACAUUGCGACUUCCUACAAACGAAACUGUCUACGUACGGAAAGUCAUUCAAGAAUUUAUAA